GCGCCUGCCGCUCCCCGCGCUCGCAGCGCGGGCCUGGGGACCGGGGAGCCCGCCGCCGGGCCGCAGCAUGGGGCGCUUCCGCGGGGGCCUGCGGUGCAUCAAGUACCUGCUGCUCGGCUUCAACCUGCUCUUCUGGCUGGCCGGAUCAGCCGUCAUUGCUUUUGGACUAUGGUUUCGGUUCGGAGGUGCCGUAAAGGAGUUAUCGUCAGAGGACAAGUCCCCAGAGUAUUUCUAUGUGGGGCUCUACGUUCUGGUUGGAGCCGGGGCCCUGAUGAUGGCCGUGGGGUUCUUCGGGUGCUGCGGAGCCAUGCGGGAGUCACAAUGUGUGCUUGGAUCAUUUUUUACCUGCCUUCUGGUGAUAUUUGCUGCUGAAGUAACCACUGGAGUAUUUGCUUUUAUAGGCAAAGGGGUAGCUAUCCGACAUGUUCAGACCAUGUAUGAAGAGGCUUAUAACGAUUACCUUAAAGACAGGGCAAAAGGCAAUGGGACGCUCAUCACCUUCCACUCAACAUUUCAGUGCUGUGGAAAAGAGAGCUCCGAACAGGUCCAACCCACGUGCCCAAAGGAGCUUCUAGGACACAAGAAUUGCAUCGAUGAAAUUGAGACCGUAAUCAGUGUUAAGCUCCAGCUCAUUGGAAUUGUCGGCAUUGGAAUUGCAGGUCUCACGAUCUGUGGCAUGAUAUUCAGCAUGGUCCUCUGCUGUGCAAUACGAAACUCACGAGAUGUGAUAUGAAGCUACUUCUACAUGAAAAUUGUAAUCUAAAGCUUUCAUACCAAAUGUCACAGGAGCUGUCUCCCAGCUCAUUUUUAAUACUGAAAUGACAUUAGGGUCUAAAAUAAUUUGCUGUCAAUUGUAUAUUUGCAUGAGUAUGUAUGUCUGGGUCAUUACUGGUUUACCCCUUGAGUGAAUGCCUAUGUGUGUUGACUGAGAGCAUAUUUCAUGUGUGAUCAGCGUGUUUCUAGCAUAUGCUUUAUACAUCAUGAAAUCUGUUUGCUGGAAAUUCCUGAUUCUUGUUAUAUAAGAGGAACAACCCAUUUCACUCCCAGAAAAAGAUCAAAAAGCUGUGAGAACUUGGCUGUUUAGAAAAAGCGAUAGUGGGUCAGUUUCUCAGACUGUAGCCUUUGAAAAUUAGAUGCAGAGAAUUCCGAGAUUUCUUCUUAAUGGAAGCAAUAAGCUAUAAGAAUUGAGAGAUUACAUCGGAGUGUUAAAACUGACUGUGUCUAAGUUGGGUGUAAGGGUUUCCUGAGUUUUUUUAUAUACGUGCUCUCCCCAAAAUACAGUAAACCACAGUUUUAGAACUAAACACAUCUGUAAAACUAAAUAUAGCAUGGAAAAUCUAAUUUGAAUAAGUCAUGCUUUCCUAGAAUUUAAAAAUAAAAAAGUCUUCCUCUGGAAAGACAAGUCACACAGACAAUCAUGUGCCCUAUUAUAGGACUAAAAAACUUUAAAAAACUUUUUAAGGAAAUAUUUUUGGCCUUAUGCAAAAACAUGUAAAUACUGCUUUAUUACUUUGCUUUUCUGAUCCUGCUCUAAAUAACUGCAGCCCUCACAUCCUCAAAGAGGCUUUUAUCUUAAACUCUUCUGUUUCUCUAAAUAUAAGAACAGAAUGACUAAAGCAAAAGAUCUGGCAGUUGAAAAAUUGUGGGAGAGAAUUUUUACUGGCACUGUAUCUUUGAAAUACCUCAUAACUUACGUUUACAUGUUUUCCUAAUUUUUUGUAUUUUUCUUAUAUAUUCAGUUAGAGAAUUCUUCAUAGGUUAAGAACUACAGUUUUCACCACUUAAAAUAAGUCAAACGAAGUUCUUCAUAAUUUAACCGUUAGCAUCCUUAGCCAACCAAAAUAAAACAAAGAAAAGCCUCUUUUCCUAGUUGUGUACAGGCAACAGAAACCAGUUAAGGAAACAAAAAUACUUUUAUACACAUAGAACAAAAACUUUGCGUGUGUGCGGAUCUCCUGAAAAUAAAAUUUUCAAGGUAUUUUUAG